UAAGCUUCAACAAUUGUUUUUCUCUGACUCAAUGCCAUCACCAUGUACCUUCACCCUUUCCUUCUCCUCUUGCUUUCUUCCCUAUCCAUAUGUCUCAACAUUAACUUCAACACUCUGCUGGUUUUGGUUCAAGUUGAAAGAAGGGAAAACCACAAGUCUAGUCUGCUGGCUGCUGCCCCCAAACCCCAUAGAAUUGGAAAACAGUGCAGAGCUGUCCAUUGCCAAUUUACCAUGAAUCAGUCAUGGAAAUCAGAAGCUGAUUUGGCAUCUUCAAGGAGCGCCACGUGCCAAAGAUAUAUUCCACUUUCUCUGAAAGAUGACCAAGACCACAAGUAAAAUGCAAGUCAAUAAACCAGUAAGAGCCUGCUGCCCCUAGCCACUCAAUAACGGGUCUUAGGCCCUGACUCAAACUCAACUUACCGCCUACAUAUAAUACAACUCUGUCUCCGCUUAUUAAAACACCAAAACACAAGAUUCAGGGCAAAAAAUUAUGCAGAUGAAAUUGUUGUGGACUUUUCCACUGCUGAGUACAUUGUAUAUGUUAGAGUUGGAUUGUUUCACUUUUUUUUUUAUUUGAUUUUUUUUUUUUC